UCUAUUGACAUUUGGAAAAAUGGAAACGAACAAUACCAAAUUGUCCUUUUUGUUGCAACAUUUUAAGUAUUCUGCCUUUUCUUCAGGACCAGCCGCUGACAUUUUUUAUGAGCAUCUGCUGCCACCUUGUGGUGCCUCCAUGUAACUGCAGCAUCAAGUUUGUCUCUAACGCACUUUGAUCUGCUGGACACGGUCUCAACGUGUGUUUGUCAUAAAAACACGACUUUUUUCUUUACUCAUAUUUGUAGAUGUAUGUUAUGUAGUAGGAAGGGCUUAUAGAGUUCCACUACCACCUGUGGAGGUAGAACCCUGCAUGUGACGUCACGACCUACAGGUGUGGUUAUUUGCAUCAGGUAGACAGUGCGCUGCUGCGUUUGUGAACGACCUCAAGAGCUGGAGACCCCUCGCGCUUCACAAACAGGAAGUCGAUGUUGUCGGUGGUUUGUUUGCUCCAAGGAAGGAAGGAAGGCGGUGUUUAUCUGGAAAGAAUAAUCAAAGCGCUGAACACAACGAGGCUUACUGUCACGGGUUAAAGCAGGCUCAUCCUCUGAAAACACAGACAGUUUAGUAAAUAAUGUGUCUUGUAUUUUAUAGUCUUUUAUUGCACUGUAGUCGCGCGUCAACGAGUUUUUAUCCGUGAGAGAAAAACAUCUGUUUGCGCUCUGGAUUCUUCCUGUCGGUGAAAAUUCGGAUCCAGUUUUGCAGUGCAGUAAAUACUGGACUUUUAACGCAGCGAUGGAUAUCAUCAGCAUAGAGCAGCGGAACCCCCUCAAUGCAGAACGGAACGACGAGCCAGGCAGUAGAGCCAGGGACACCCAGACAAAGACGGGAUGUUGGGAAAAGCUUCACCAGUCGGUUCCUCAGUACAUGCUUCCAAAAGAAUUGCACAGCGUUUAUCUGGAGAAGGCCAACUGCUUCCCACCCCCCAUCUUCAUCAUCCUCAUCAGCAUUGCUGAGCUGGCAGUGUUCAUCUACUACGCUGUUUGGAAACCUCAGAAGCAGUGGGUGACCCUGGAUGAAGGGAUCUGGAACAGCCCUCUGACAUACCGACCUGAUCACAGACAGGAAGCGUGGCGUUUUGUCUCCUACAUGUUUGUCCACGCUGGUGUGGAGCACAUUGUGGGGAACUUGUUGAUGCAGCUGUUGGUGGGCAUUCCAUUGGAAAUGGUGCACAAAGGCUUCGAGGUGGGAAUGGUUUACAUGGCUGGCGUUAUUGCAGGCUCUUUGGCGAGUUCCAUCUUUGAUCCUUUCAGUGGCCUGGUGGGGGCUUCUGGGGGUGUUUAUGCCCUGUUAGGAGGCUAUUUCAUGAACGCAAUAGUGAAUUUUAGAGAGAUGAAUCCUAUUUUUCGAGUUUUUCGAAUCGUCAUCAUAGUCUUCAUAGUGGGCGGAGACUUUGGGUUUGCUCUCUACAGAAGAUUUGUUGCACACGACAAUUUGCAGGUGUCAUUUGUGGCUCACUUGGGAGGAAUUGCGGCCGGUAUGACCAUUGGCUUCGUCUUCUUCAGUGCUUACAAUCAGAAGUUGCUGAAGGACUUCCGUUUCUGGGUCUGCAUUGCGGGCUACAUAGUCUUCCUCUUCUUUGCUGUCGUCUACAACAUUUUCAUCUCCCCAGCGCCGUAGGAACUGCUGCCUAGAACUUUCUGCCACUCAGGAAACUAAACUGUGUUUUCAGGGUAUUGUUAUUUUUUUUAAAUCAGGGACUUUGUAAAUGUAGAAUUGACAUAAUCUGGUUGCCUACAGGCGUUUUUGUGCAGCACUGGAGUCUAACCAGACAAUUUCUGAGAAUCCACUCUUGUUCUUUUAACUCAGGAAGGAUUUUGUUGUUCUUUUUAACACUUUUAACUGUUUUUUUAAAAAUAUUUUAUACAUUUUUAUACACAUAUACAUGCUUUGUUCACACUAAUCAUAUCAUCUGUGUUAGUACUGUGGAUAGGAGGUAGAGCCUUUGCCUCCUCACUGUAGAGACAGUUGUCCAAAGUGUCCUUGACCAACACUGAACACUUAGCUGUCGGACUCGCCUAAUGCCUCUAUGACUAUCAUGCAGUAUUGAUAACGUGUCCUAAAUGCUAAAUGUUUUCAAAU